AAUUGGUCAGCGUGAGAAUUUUAUGAGAAUGUAAUGAACACUGAAUCAUGUUUCGAAAAACUCACAAAACAUGCAAGAGAUAUGCCAGAAAAAUGUUUCUAAUUUGACACAACACCUUCGAUGACGAUUUUCAGACGCUUCUUUAUGCAUGAAUCUUAAACAAAAUGCCGCUUUUGUCCAACAUUGUCAAAGGGAUUGAAGUGACUUUUCCGCUGUCAUUUCUCCGAAAUCUUGUUUUAAAAGAUGUCGAUUCCAAAACUGAAAUCGUUGAAAGAUACAACGCUGAGACCAAUAAUAAUAAAUGUAUUUUAGACGUUAAGAGGUCCGAUAUUCUGGACAGUGAAGUCAGUUUAACUUUCAUCUUGGAUUUCCUUCAAUCCCGACAGAAAUUGAACAGGGGACAGUUGAAAUGCUCCGUGACAAAUUUAUCCGAAGCUUUGCCAUCAGCUGAUGUUGAGACAAAUUUAGGCAUCAUUAAUGAUGAACCAAACGAAACUGUUCAAAAAGAUGCUAACAAUGAUUCUGAGAAGUUGACUGACAGAAUACCAAGAAAACGUGGAAGACCAAAGGGAAGCACAAAAUCUGUAAUCAAUAAAGAAAUUCCUCCAACAGACACAGAUCUGCUGUCAGCAAACAAUGAUUCGUCUAAGAGUAAUUAUAGAUUACGUGGGGUAAAGCUCUCGUCGAAAAUCAUGAAACUGGAGAAAAGCUCGUUUGAUGAAGAAGAAGAAGAUGAAUUGAGUGAUGGACAAGAUGUGGAUACGACUCCGAAUUCAGAUAAUAAAUCUUUCCAAAGCGUCAACGAUAAUCUCUUCGGAAAGGAAAAUCUGGACCAAAAUUCUUCUAAUUCUAACGAUAUAAAACCAGGUCAAAUGGAUGACGCAAAUGCACAUGAAAUUUCAAAAUUAAAUUCAUUAAAAGAAAAGGCAGAUCAAACUAGGGUAGUUAAACAUUUGAUAAAAACAAAGAGGGUUUUAAGAACAGAUAGUGAAAACGAUGGCAUUUCUGAGCUUGCUGGCAAGACGCAAACAUUGAUAAGGGCAAAUUUAAAGCAAAAGAUGUAUGCUUGCGUAAUAUGUGACAAUAAAUUAUUUCCCACAAGGCAUGAAUUAAAAACACACGAAUUAAAUGAUCACAAGAAUCUAACUUGCUCUAAAUGUGAUAACAAAGUUUAUAAACACAUUCAUUCGUUAAAAAGUCAUUGCAUCUGGAUUCAUGGUAAAAAUUCUAACAGUAAAAAACAUUUGUGCCACCUUUGUUCAUCCAGAUUUAAAUUUGCCAACAGUUUGAAGCAGCACAUUGAGGAAAUACACGAGGGAAUUUCAAACCUGAAGUGCAAAGUUUGUGGUAAAUCAUUUUAUAAACUAUCUCAGUUACGGAGACAUGAAAAAAUUCACGGUGAUGCUAAAACAAAACUGAGGUGUGAAAAAUGUGGGCAGGGCUUUUGGCAUGAAUCGAAUCGCCAGCGCCAUAUUAGGCUCAUUCACAUGAAACCUCAUAUUGAAAAAUUCCAUUGUCCAUACUGCGGGAAAGGAUUUACCCACAAAGCCGGAAUGAUCUCUCACAUCAAAUUGAUUCACAUGAAUUUAUUGAAUUUUCGAUGUUCCGAGUGCUCUGUCGUAUUUGCACGAUCAAAGUUAUUGGUGGAUCAUAUGGUGCAUAUCCAUAAUGUAAAGGACUUCAAGGUUUUAGAGUCUCGUCCCACACGCUAUAAAUACAACCGUACCCCUGACGAUCUGCUGCAGUGCUCCAAAUGUUCGCAAUCGUUUUGUUACAAAGCAGAAUUAAUAGAGCACAUGCACACGGCUCAUGCAGAUUCAUUUUCCUUUGUGUGCGUCGAGUGCAAACAGGGCUUCAUGCAACAACAUUUCUUAAAUAGACAUAGAAAAAUUGCCCAUAAUGCAACUUUAACGCAAGAAGAGGAAGAAGAAUUAGAAACCUCGGAAAUGCACAAUGCAGCAGCGGACAUAUCUGAAGAAUUAAUCACAAUACAAAAUAACGGAACGCCCGAAGAUGCCUUUUCUUUUGUUGGAUCGAAGAGCAAUAUCAGAUAUGUCGUACAAAAUGAUACAAAUUUAUCUUACGAUACUUCAAAUGUAUCGUUCAUCACGGCUGAUAACGGAAACAUUGCCUAUCUUACCAGUGAAAACGAUGGCGAGGUGACGUUUUUGAAGACUGAAAAUGUGGAAUCAGAGGUGAUGUAUUCAUCCAGUGAGUCUGGUAAUGUGACAUAUGUAACCAACGUAGAAUAUGAAAACCUGGAAGAAGUUGAAACUUCUUUGAAUCUUGAUGCAAAUGUAGAAAUGUCCGAGACAUCAUCAGGAAAAGAGAUGAUUGGAGAGCGCCUGGUGUUCCAGGUCGAGGAUGGCGACAAUACGGUCAGCUACGUUAUUCAGCAAUCAAAAGAUGGAGAAACACAAGACAUAGCCACCGAAGACAUCGCAGAAUUAUUAUUGGCGGCAAAACGUUCUGGAACUAUUUCUUCCAAACAUUGCGAUCGGAUGCUUUCGAAUUACACUAGUGUUAUGACUCAUGAUGAAAGCAAAACUGAUGAAAACAUUGACGAUUCAUAGCUACAUCGUGUACUUUUGUUGGUGAAGAUAUAUGAUCAGAGUAAAAUAUUUCUGUCGGUCGGUCGGUUGGUGUUAAAUAGGUCAGGUAUACCUACAUACACUUGUCAACUUGUGGGUGUUCCUAGUACUUGAUGGAGAACAGUACCACGCAUAAAAAACCCAGAAACAAAUGAUGACAAACCUGUGGACAAGACAGACAACAAACAUAUCAAGUACGGUAAUAUGAUUAUCAAGUGAAUAUAUCCAUAGGGCUGUACAAGUAUUGACUAUCAAUAUAUUUCGAACUAUAAUAAUGCAGUGAUGUGUUGUGAAUGAUUUUUAGAUCAGUUUUUGGAAAGAGAGAAUGGUACAAGUUUUACAAAGUAACAAUGAGCUAUAUUAAUAUAUUAUUUAUUUAUUAUGAAAUGGGAAUAAAUUUAAAUUGUUGGUAGUGUUAA